AUGUUUGGUAAACCUGUGCAGCUACUGCAGACUUCUACUGGUCAGUAUUGCAUAGAGUUAGUACCACAUGAUGCGGAAGCUAGUUUUGUUGAAAAUCAAGUAUUGGUGACACAGAAUGGCUCGGACUUGUUUCAGGAACAGCUCAUCAUGGAGGAGGAAGCUCUCAAAACAGAGGUGAUGCAGGUGAUAGAACUACAGGAUGCACAAAGGCAAAAGGCAAAUUUGAUUAAGAUUCACAAGCAGUUCGGGCAUGCUUCUGCAGAUAGAUUGCAGAAGUUACUGAUCAGUGCAGGCAUGAAGAAUCCAGAAAUUUUUCAAAUGCUGACGGAUGUUGUCAAAGAGUGUGAAACUUGCCAAAUGUAUAGGAAAGUACCUCCCAAACCAGCAGUGGGCCUCCCUUUAGCGACGGAUUUCAACCAAACCGUAGCUGUUGACCUGCAUGAGCUAGACAGGAACAUUUGGUAUUUACAUAUCAUUGAUGAGUUCACUCGUUUCAGUGCUGGGGCAAUUGUCAAAAGGAAGUUGCCUCAAGUGUUCGUCCAAGAGUUUCUAUCCCAUUGGAUUAGCAUCUUUGGACCCCCAACUUCGUUGUUCCGUGACAAUGGCGGAGAAUUUUCUAAUUCGGAGACACGUGAUUUGUGUGAAAAUUUCAACAUAAAGGUGAUCACAACUGCCGCGUACGCGCCAUUCAGUAAUGGCCUCUUAGAAAAGCACAAUCAUGUCCUAACAAACAUAAUGCUAAAGGUAAAGCAUGACAGAAAUUGCAGUUGGGAGACAGCACUGAAAUGGGCACUCAAUGCAAAGAAUAGCAUGAUAAAUGUACAUGGCUUCAGUGCAUACCAGCUGGUGUUCGGCAGAAAUCCAAAUCUACCUGCAAACCUUACCAACCAGUUGCCAGCCCUGGAGGGGACUACCACCAGCAAGGUCGUAGGAGAACACCUAGGAGCCCUCUACGCAACGAGGAAGGCUUUCACAGAGACUGAGUGCUCUGAGAGGAUAAGGAGAGCCCUGAAGAAGCAGACACGGUCAUACACAGGUGACAAGUACCAGAUGGGUGACAAAGUAUACUACAGGAGGCCAGACAAUACGGAGUGGAAGGGUCCUGGCACAGUCAUUGGCCAAGAUGGAAAAAUUGUAUUCAUCAGACAUGGUGGGAACUUAGUGAGGGUUCAUAUCAGUAGGCUUCAGUUAGUGAACCAACAGAGGAGUCACAGUGCUAUGACAGGGGACUCUUCGGGACAUCCAACAGAGAACAAGGACAAUGAUAGAAACAGACAGGAUCGAUCAAGCAAGGAUGAGCAGCCACAGAAACCAGCAACAGGAGAUGAUGAUGAUCAGCCGCCGAUCCAACACGGAGAUGAUCAUCCAAACCAAGACCAGGAUCAAGAGGAGGGAGCACAGGGACAAAACCCGGGGAUUAGGACUGAUCGGAUCAAAGUUGGACAAGAUAUCGCUUUCAAACACGAUGAAAAGGAGGAAAGGAUGACAGCCAAAGUUGUUAGCCGUGCUGGGAAAGCAGGUGGAAAAUACAAACACUGGUAUAAUAUACAGUACCUAGGUGGAGAUAGUGGAUCUGAGGCGGUAGAUUUGGAAAAGGUUCAUGGGCUAGAAUUGGUUGAUGUUGAACAUGAAGAACAAGGACGGGACCCAGAUGAAGUGAUGAUUUCCCAAAAUGUGGACUUUGAAGAAGCUAAACAAAAGGAACUUUCGAGUUGGAGCAAUCAUCAGGUCUAUUCAGAAGUGCAGGACCAAGGACAAAAGUGUGUAUCAACGAGAUGGGUUCUGACUUUAAAGGAUACGGAAGCCGGAAUAAUCCCCAAGGCCAGACUUGUAGCUCGGGGGUUUGAGGAGCAUGGUGCAAACCAAACAGAUUCCCCCACUUGUGGGAACGAUUCCUGGAGGAUAGUGAUGGCUGUGAUCAGACAGAGGAGGUGGGUGGUAAACUCACUGGACAUUAAGACGGCCUUCCUUCAAGGAAAAAGUUUGGAGAGGGACAUCUUUGUGAAACCGCCCAAGGAAGCAAAUGUGUCGGGGAAAAGUUUGGAGGCUGAAAAAGUGCGUCUAUGGAUUGAGUGA